ACUGUAAAGAAAUCGCCGAGGAGCAGCGCAUGUGGAGGAGCGUCGUAUCCAGUUGAGAAUUGCGGAAUUGCCCACCCAAGUUUUGAGUCACAACGGGAAAACAAUCCUGAGGUUGGAGCAGCAAACCCGGGAGUUGUGCAGAUGAGGUUGAUAGGCCUUACAGGUGGGAUUGCAUCUGGCAAGAGUACUGUCUCUCGCCACUUGGAGAGUGAGGGACUGCCAGUCGUGGAUGCGGACAAGGUUGCAAGGGUGGCAUUGGACAAGAACACAUGGGGUUGGAAGAGAGUAGUGGCCGCUUUUGGGGAAGGCAUACUACGACAGGAUGGGGAAGUGGACCGUGCGAAGCUGGGUGAAAUAAUCUUUAACGAUCCUGCCAAGAGGGGCAUGCUCAAUCGGGCAUUGCAACCAUGUAUUUCUCUCGGUCUCUUGUACGAGGUUUUCAAACAUUGGAUACGGGGUACUUCAGUGGUGAUAAUGGACAUUCCGCUACUUUUUGAGAUGAAAAUGAAUUAUCUCACCAACCCAGUGGUGGUGGUGUGGGUGGAUCGCACCACGCAGGAAGCGCGGCUGACAAAGCGCGACAACAGCACUAUUGAGCAAGCGCGAGCACGGAUUGAUUCCCAGCUUCCGUUGGACAUGAAGCGUGAGAUGGCCGACUAUGUCAUUGAUAACUCCGGCACCCUCGAGGAUACAAAAAUGCAUGUCGACAAGCUGAAAGCCAUCAUCACUGGUCCACAAACAUGGAAAGAGAUUGCCUUAUCACGGUUUGGAGUUGCUGCCAUUGUGGCCGUAGCUGUUGCAUUUGUAUUGCGUUUAAGGUAAACAGAGGCAUUGUAUAUAGAAAUGAUCGUAUUCUAUACCAACUUCUCAUUUUCCAGUGGCCUAAGUUUCCGGCGAUGUGACACGAAAAGAUGAUCACCUCAGUUACAUGACAUCUUUUGCUAUGCGUUCCAGCCCUUACUCUCAAUAAAGGCAUGAAGAAGCUUCUCAAAAUUGUCA